CGCAGACAUGGCAACCCUGAGGUCUGAUUCAACAGGCGGCCUUGAAUGUGAUGAGUCCUUAAAAUCUCACUUAAACCACACGAGAUGAGCUAAAUUUCACAGGCUACGUUUUUCAAAUACAACACACCAGAUGACUGCUUCAUCAGGCACAAUGCAGCUCAACAGAGCUUUCGCAUUCCUUUGCUUGGUGAUUUCAGUGGGUGCGCAGACGAAUCACAGACUGACCUGCUAUCUGGAUGUUUUAACACACCGCACACGUGAGGGUCCAUGUACUCACAUCAUUGUCCCCACGAUCUCCAGUGAUGAAGACCUUGACCACCAAAGCUUGUCGGAAGAUGACCGCAUUAUUCUUAGAAGGAUGAAGGAGAGAAAUCCAACUUUGAAGAUUUUGCUUGGAUUGGAAGUCAAAUCAUCAAGGUUGGAGCUGAUGUCUGCUACUGAGGGCAGUGUUGAGAACUUCAUUCAGACGGUAUUGACAUACUUGAAGGACAAGCGUUUAGAUGGUCUAGACGUGACUUGGCUGGACGGCCCCACUUCUGAUGUAUCUACCAGAAGCAAAGAGCUGUUCACAAAUUUUCUGAAGAGCUUAAAAGGCACAUUUGAAGGAGAAACAGAUCCUCUACUUCUGUCAGUGUCUGUACUAGAGCCCUUUGACCACAGUGCGGUCAGUUAUGAUGAACAAACACUUUCACAGUAUGUGGACUUCAUCUCCAUUCUGCCUGCACAUCUCGAACAGGGUGGACCAUACAUUAACAAAACAGUCCAACACUGGCAGGAUAAGCAAGUUGACCUGCAAAAGCUCAAUCUAGUCAUGCCUGUUUUUCUCCGGAGAUCACACCGAAGGCAUUAUCAUAGACAUCUUCCCAAGCAUGAUGACAUGAAUUCAGAGAACAGAAAGAAGGAUCACAUCAACGUUUUAGGCUUACACAUGGGCGUUCAGGUGUGUCAGGCCAUUAAAAGUGGACAAGAGCAGUUUAUUACUUUCACAGUUCUCUCAGAUGAGAAUGAUCUUGUCAAGGAGGUGCUCCAGAAAGGCUUUGGUGGCAUAGGGGUUGUCUUCAUAGAUCUAGACGUCUUUGUUAACUCCACAUGUGCAAGCAUUACUCAAGAUGAAAGGGCAAUUGUUGAAUCAAAGGUGAUCAGAAGGGACCAUCACCACAGCCACCACCACCAUCAUCGCUCUUUCCAUCUUCCUCAUGGCAGCCAUCGUAUUGGUCAGCAUCCCCACAGACAUCAUCACCGUGGACAUGGACAUCAUCACCGUGGUCGUCAUCAUCAUCACCACCACCAUCACCAUCACCAUCACCCCCAUCCAAUAAUUCCUCAAAGCAACAUGCCCAUGGAAGUACAGCAGGGUGCAGAGUGAACUUGCAUGGAUGCAUGUUAAAAAUUUAGAGCUUUGCAAGUUUAAGUUUUAGGCAAAAUAAUCAAACUUUAUAUAUGUAUUAGGCUACGUUCACACAAUCAGUUUUUGGGAUUGACAACCGCAUUUACUUACAGGUGUGAGUCUUGAUAUUUCCUGUUCACAAAGCAACAUACAGCAACGUCUCGAAUACUGUCUGUAUGAACGUGCAAUGAGAGUCAAGCCCUUAAGGUGAUGAUACACGGGGCAACUUUUUGAGCAAUAUUGCUGGGCAAUGUUGCUGUCAACGGGCAACCUGGUGAGACACAGGGCAACGGACAGUUGGCAGCAACUAAUCAGAGAGGAGCAAAUCUGUUGCCAACCCAAUAAAUACUUUAUUAUAAACACUUGUUAGGCACCUUAUUUAAACUUUCAAAUUUCAAAUAUUUUCUUCGUUUUUAUUAAAUAUAAAUGCCUUUCCGAUCUGAUUUGUGAUAGGAAAAGGGAGAAGAGCGAGUUUGGCAAAAGGUAGAUUCGAACCCAUGUCAAAAGCUACUUUAAUGUGCCAUGUGCCCUACAGCCUAUGUAUACGCUACUAUAGAUGUUGAACAGAAUGUGUCUUUUUAGUAUUUAACUGAAAACAUUAAAUUUCUAAAUUACAGCCAACGCACAUUAAAUUGGACACCUGUUGGUAUUUUAAGCAUUAAAUGAGGUAAAUUCCCUGUUUUGACGCAUGACAACUUACCAGUGUAAAAAUAUACAAGUUCAUGCUCCUUUUCCUUCGCUCCACUGCCACUGAGUGGCCGCCAUCUUGUUUGAAUUUUUUCUGAAAUCUCCAAGCUGGUCACGUGCGUUUUGUUUGGAGGAUCUCAAAAAAUUGCCCAUGACCGAUCUAAAGUAUCCAUAUAGAAAGUUGUUGCUCAUUCUCAAUGGGAAAGUGCCAACAUUGCUUGGCAACACUGCUCAAAAAGUUGCCCCGUGUAUCAUCACCUUUAUUCUCUUACCAGUAACCAUAGCGACAGUGAACAAAGUAAUAUCAAAGAUGAUGACGUCCAUAAAACUGAAAAGUCUUAUCACUUUUGACACGACAGGGUCCAAUUGAGUUCAUCCAUCAAAUCUUCAUUUACCAACAGAAACUUCAUUGUAAACAUGCCGGACAACUUUAACCGUUGCACUUGCAUCUCACUUCCUUUGCAUAGAACCAAAGUCCCUUUAAGGCCCUGUCCCAAAUGGCACCCUAAACCCUCAUGGUCUUCCUCUGAGUCCGCACUUUCACGACGUAAUGUUGCUUUGACUGCCUGGUAGAGGUCCUCUGCGUAGCUCACAGUCUUGCGGGCUCAGCUGAAGUGCGCAUCAAGGGUGCAUAGCAGCCGUAAAGGGGGCGCUCACGAGCACCCUUCUUUAAGCUUAAAUGACGAAUGGGACACCCUAUGGUCUUGUGGACUUAACGGACACGCGCACGCAGCGGUUAUUGUAAGUCCACAAGACCGAAAGUGCACAUGAAGUGUGCCAUUUGGGACAGGGCCUAAGACAAGUCAUUUCACUCGGCGGCCAUCUUUGAAACGCCUCUUGGGCAUGCAAGUGCAGCUCCUAUCUCUUUGAAUGGGGAAACAUCAAGUUCUCCAAAGCUUUUUGCCAAGCUUUCGAUUAAAUUUCAUAUUUGAAAUCACCAAUGAAAAAUGACAACAACUGUCUCAUACAUUUUGUUUCUAAACGCUCGAAUCAUGACAAAAAAACGGUAUUUUCCAGGCUGGAUAAAGCUAAUGCGCGUCUCUUGUGUCUCAUUUUGUAGGCACGCGUCUAAGGCCCUGUCCCAAUUGGCACCCUAAACCCUCACGCAGCGGCCAUUGUAAGUCCACAAGACCGAAAGUGCACAUGAAGUGUGCCAUUCGGGACAGGGCCUAAUUGUUUCUAUAGGAACCGGAGCUUCUAAUGGCCGCUGCAGUGACGCAAUGACUUUAGAAGGCGGGACUUAUUCCGCCUUAUAUUGCACGUUGCACUUUCUCCCAUUCAUAAUAAUACGAGUGACGCAUCUUGUGUUAUUCUAUAGUCUUUGAUAGAAGAUUAUAUCUCCCUCGCUGUAAGUACGUUACCGAAAGUGAAACCACACACACGAACUGUGUGUGAACGUGGCCUUAUAUAAAGUUUGAUUAUUUUGCCUCAAACUUUAUAUAUGUAGCCUAUAAUAUAAAUAAUACAAAAUUUACAAUUGAAAUAUUACUUUUUCCGCAUUACAGUAAUAAGCUUUUUUGCAUUAUAGUUAUGUCAGUGACAUUGUUUGACAUUGUCAGUUAAGUUUUUAUGUUUUAACUAAUUGCUUAUUAUCAGUGGUGGAAAUGGCUAAGAUUAAUUGGGGGGACCAUAUAGUUGGGUAUUUGGGGACAUAUUUUGUAUUUUUAAACCAUAGAUGCAGAAAAUCCCACUAUAUUUAUGUAUAAAAUUUGCAUACUGUUUGGAGUCUAUUAUGUGGAUAAAAGAUGGAAAUCCUCUACAUUUUGAACUGGAACUUGUCCCUCCUUGAAAUUCACUCCUUGGAAAUUUCCUGCCAUUUCCAGCCCUGCUUAUUAUGAGAACGUAACAAUAUAAUCAUGUUUUUUUCCAGUGUUAAAACAUUGAGAUUGUGUUAUUGUGUGUCAGAGAGCUUGAUAACCGAUCAAUACAGCAUUAUGAAAUAAAUAUGUAGCCCAAUA